AUGGCAGCGGGAGCCCUGAACUGUCCCUCUCCCAACCACACUCAUCAACACCCUCUCCAAACCAACCACACCCUCACAAUCUCAACCACCCCUACCCUCGCCCUCUCCCAACCACCCUCAAACUUACCCUCUCCGAACCACCUCACCCUCUCUCAACCACCCUUACCCUCUCCCAACCACCCUGACCCUCUCCCAACCACCAUGACCCUCUCCCAACCACCCUCACCCUCUCCCAUCGACCCCCAUCCUCAACCUCUCCCAACGACCCCCACCCUCGCCCUCUCCCAACCACCUCACCCUCACCCUCUCCCAACCCUCGCUCUCUCUCAACUACCCUCACCCUCUCCCAACCGACCCCCAUCCUCCACCUCUCCCAACGACCCAAAUCCUCAACCUCUCCAACCACCUCACCCUCACCCUCUCCCAACCACCCCCACCCAUCGCCCUAUCUCUGAACCACCCUCAUACUUACCCUCUCCACAACCAACCCCCACCCUCAUCCUACCCCAACCAACCACACCUUCACACUUUCUCAACCACCCUCACCCUCGCCCUCUCACAACCACCCUCAUACUUACCCUCUCCCAAACAACCAACCCCUCAUCCUCUUUCAAACCACCCCGCACCCUCUCCCAAACCACCCUCACCCUCUCCCAACGACCCCCAUCCUCAACCUCUCCCCACAGACCCCCACUCUCGCCCUUUUCCCUACCAUCUCACGCAUUACCCUCUCCCAACCACCCGACCCUCACCCUCUCUCAACCGCCCUCACCCUCUCCCAAACCACCCUCACCCUUUCCAACAACCCACAUCCUCAACCUCUCCCAACAACCUCACUAUCACCCUUUCCCAACCACCCCAACCCUCGCCCGCUCUCAACCACCUUCAUACUUACCCUCUCCCACCAACCUCAACACAACCCUCUCCGAACCACCCUACCCUCCCCCAACCCUCACCCUCUCCCAACCACCCUUACCCUUUCCCAACCAUCCUCAACCUCUCCCAACCACCAUAACCCUCUUCCAACCAACCACACCCUCAACCUCUCCCAACCACCCUCACCCUCGCCCAACCACCCUCAAUCCCUCCCAACCACCACACCCUCAACCUCUCCUAACCACCCUCACCCUCUCCCAACCACCCUCACCCUCUCCCAACUACAAACACCCUCAUCCUAUCCCAACAACCCUCGCCAUCUCCCAACCACCCUCAUCCUCUCCCAUUCAACCACACCCUCACCCUAUCCCAACCACCCUCGCCAUCUCCCAACCACCCUUAUCAUCUCCCAACCAACCACACCCUCACCCUAUCCCAAUCACCCUCGCCAUCUUCCAACCACCCUCACCCUAUCCCAACCAACCACACCCUCACCCUAUCCAAACCACCCUCGCUGUCUCCCAACCACCCUUAUCCUCUCGCAACCAACCACACCCUCACCUUAUCCCAACCACCCUCAUCCUCUCCCAACCAACCACACCCUCACCUUAUCCCAACCAUCCUCGCCAUCUCCCAACCACCCUCAACCUUACUCUCUCCCAACCACCCUCAACCUCUCCCCACUAUCCCCACUAUCCCCACUCUCAGCCUCUCCUAACCACCCCCACCCUCUCCCUCUAA